AUGGCGCAGCUGCACACGGGAACCGUAAUGCGGGCGAUGUUCGCCGGCGGCAUCGCACUCUGGUCCAAGGCUGCGACGAUAGCGAAGGUACGCACGAGCCCCGCACCAGGGACGCCCCGUCGCGGUUGGCACCCUCUUCGUUUUUGCGAUCCCGCCCCGCUGACCGCUCCCCUCCCCGUGAAACCCCCCCUCCAGGCCGGAGGAGGCGUGGCCACCAAGGCCGCGAUGGCCGCCGCGGGGACCGGCGCCGCCUACACCGGUUACAAGACCGUCGCGGCUCCGACCCAGGACAAGUAGUGA